AGAGGAAAGAGCGAUCUGGAAAUGGAUGAUCCCGUAAUCGGCGGAUUAUGCAAAUCACUGGCUCUGUUCUGCAACCACCUCCAGAACAGCAGUGACGCUCUCAAGCAAUCGGUGGAACGCCGCCCUAUUCCUCUCGAUUCUGCUUCUUCGACCUUUGUGCAAUGCCUGAACCGCCGGGUGGCGUCCACCACCACCGACCUCAAUUUACUCGAGUCCAUGUCUUUCGGGACAGUGUCGUUUGAGGAGCUGUUGGGUCACUGCAGCGAGCUCUACAAGAAGAACCAGGCUGAUCUUACGGAGCUCGAGGACUGUUUCAGCAGGGUUGGCUUUGUAUCCGAACCUGAAAUGCAUGAGGAAGAUGAGACCUCUGAAGAUCCAUCUGCCCCAAUUGAGUCAGAGUUGAAGACGGCUGGUGCAGACGCAUUAUUGGAGGACUCAUUGAGCUUGAAGGAUCUUGGACUUUCGGAUGUCUGUCUUGCCACUAUAGCAUCUGAAGCUAAUAGUGAGAUUUAUAACUCAGAUGUAUCUUUACCGGAGCCAAUGAACCUCCAUAAGAGAAAAGAAAAUGAGAUGAAGAAACAGUAUGGACCUGGCUCACAGUUGUUUGAAGCAAAUGGAGGUGAUGUGGAGGAUGAGCAGAAAUCUGUUGGAGCACCCCAUUGUAUAAUAAAUUUAACAAUGGAUGAUUACGAAAGUCUUCCUUCAUACAUGAAAACCUUAGCAACAUGGGAGGAUCUGCUUGCAGCUGUUGAGAAGAUGAACUCAAUCCUCAGUCAAAAGGGACAAGAAGAGGGAGGCAGCCUCUUCCACCAAGAUGAACUUGCUUCAUUAGGACUAGGGUCCAAGGGGAGAUCUUAUGUGCUGCUGCUGUUACGCUUGAAUCGUUUAGUUGUUGAGACCGUUGAUGGGUUAAUUUUUUAUAGGGUGCUUUAGAUUAAAGACAAAAAUGCAAUUGGCCAUAAGAUGCAUCUUGUGUAGAGGGAUCAAUUAAGGCUGUUUUAUUGUCUUACUGAGUAGAACAAGCUCGUGCUGAUUAACUCAAUCUGCAAGCCCAUACAAAGCCUGUUCUCAUCUUUAUUAUUAUGUUUAUAAUAUAAUGGGAUACCCGCACUCCAACCAGCUGGUUUA